UGUUCAAGGUCAAAAAUGUCAAAAAGAAAGAGGCGAGCCUUCACAACACUGAUGAAGUCAAUUUGGAGGAGCAGCAAUGGUGAAUAUGUGAUCAGCCCACAGGCGUUUCGCAGCCAAAUACAGAAGUUUGCACCACGCUUUAUGGGCUACAGUCAACAAGACUCUCAGGAGUUCCUCCACUACCUACUGCAAGGUCUUCAGGAGGACAUCAACCGAAUCACCACGAGGCCAAGGCAUCUCACCACCGAGAUAGACGACAAUCUCAGCAAGUCCCAGAAAGCAGCAGAGGCCUGGAAAAGAUAUCUGCGAUAUGAUGACAGCAAGAUUGUAGACUGUUUCGUGGGCCAGCUGAAGAGUACACUCAAGUGCAGCGUCUGUGGCCACAAAUCUGUGACCUUUGACCCCUUCUGGGAUCUCUCCCUUCCGAUACCCAAGGGCUCGGACCCCGUCACUCUCCAGCAGUGCCUGAGCCUGUUCGCCAAAGAAGAAGUGCUGGGCGGCGAUGAGAAGCCUUGCUUUAUGAACUCGAUAGUGCAAUGCCUGGUACACACUCGACCCCUGCUCGAGUAUUGCCUGAAGGACGGCUACGUCUCCGAGAUCAACACCAGCACCUCUUCCAUGAAGGGGGCACUUCUUGAAGCCUUCGCAACACUGAUGAAGUCAAUUUGGAGGAGCAGCAAUGGUGAAUAUGCGAUCAGCCCACAGGCGUUUCGCAGCCAAAUACAGAAGUUUGCACCACGCUUUAUGGGCUACAGUCAACAAGACUCUCAGGAGUUCCUCCACUACCUACUGCAAGGUCCUCAGGAGGACAUCAGCCGAAUCACCACGAGGUCAAGGCAUCUCACCACCGAGAUAGACGACAAUCUCAG